AUGGAUUCUCUUUUUGACUCUCCACAAAAUACACCUCCAAGACACUCGAGUAUACCCACGAUUUCAACUACGUCUUUUGCAGAUCCAGACACUUCACCAAGACAAAUAAAUAGAGGCUUCACUUUACCGACACCUGGGUCUCCUAAACGUGGCUAUAAAAAACCUGCUAAACCUCGAGAGUUUGCAAAAAGUGCUAAAAAACGUCAAUCUGUUUUAGCUCUGGGUAGUAUUACUCAUUUACAACAUUUUUAUGCAAAAAGAGGAAUAAUUUUUAAACCAAAAAAGCCAAAAAACAA